CCCAAGUUGCUGAUUUUAAUAUUCCAUUUCUGUGCAAUUCGCCCACAACUCAUGGCAUCACACUUGGAUUUUGAGAUGAGAGAGAGAGAGCGAGAGCCAGUUGGUUGUGUUUCCCACCAGUUUAACCUUUGCCUGGGGCCGUGAAAUCCUUCAGCGUCUCAACUCAAGUGGGUCAUUAUUUUCUAUGAGGUCCUACUCUCCCACUUGCCGGUCUUUGCUGUCUCUGCCUGUGUUACCUGCCUCCUUUUCAAACUUCCCCAAGAGACGCUUCUCUCUUUUCUAUGUACUCUUCUUCUUCUUCUUCUCCAAAAUCAAGUAAGAUCCAGUUUUCUCAAUCUGGGUAUUCAUUUAUUCCUAUUAUUCUGCUUCUUGAAGGUCGUAAUAGAUCAAAGUGCUGAUAUUGGUGUAUUUUGAGUUAUCCGCCUUCUUUGUUUGAUACUUGUUUCUGUAUUGCCUUCCAAGAGUUGGUCUUCGCCGUUCUGCGAAAAGGAGGGUGUUAGCUUUCAAUUCAAGCAUCUGGGUCGUCUUGGUAUUGUGCAAGCUUUACUGGGUAUUAUUGCUUGUGAUGGUUGCUGUGGCUUUUGGAUUUGAGAGUUGGUUACGUGCCCCUUGUGGGGUGUAAGGGAUGUUGGGCAAGAGGGCCUUUUUGGAUUAGUUUCAACUUUACUUUUGUGGUGGAAUAGCGGUUGUGAUUUCAUGCUUGCUCCAAGACAAUGGAGAGGUUUAUGGCCAGAUUUUUACUUCUUUAGCCUUCAAAACUUUAGCUUUUGUGAAAGAGUAUGAAGAACUUUCUUAAGAAGCUUCAUAUCAUGUCCAAUCAAUCAGAACAUGCAGAAGGGUCUACUUCAUCAAAGGGGAGUAAGCCCAAUGAAGGGUCGUCCCCUGAUAGGCUUUUGCUCUCUCGGUCCCAUUAUAAUUCUGAGCAUAAACCCCUCUCUGGGCUUUCGGGGAUUUCGGGUUGGUUGAAUCAAGUUACUAGUAGACGCAGCCCCAGUCCACCACCUUCUUCGAAUGUGGUAAGAGGGGAGAACAUGGAACCGUCUGAUUCGGCUAGUACUAGUGGUUUAGAUGUUGUUAUGGAUGCGACCAGGCGUGAUUCAGGUUCUAGCAACUCGAGGGAUCCUGAUGUAGAGGAGGAGUAUCAGAUACAACUGGCUUUGGAGUUGAGUGCCAAGGAGGAUCCUGAGGCAGUUCAGAUAGAGGCUGUAAAGCAGAUCAGUUUGGGCUCUUGUGCUCUUGAUAAUACUCCAGCUGAAGUUGUUGCCUAUAGAUACUGGAAUUACAAUUCUCUUAGCUAUGAUGACAAGAUCUUGGAUGGUUUCUAUGACCUGUAUGGAGUUAUGACUGAGUCAACCUCAGAACGAAUGCCUUCCCUUGUUGAUUUGCAAGGAACACCAGUGUCAGACACAAUCACCUGGGAAGCAGUUUUAGUCAAUAGGGCCGCUGAUGCUAAUUUGUUGAAACUUGAACAGAGGGCUCUAGAGCUGGCAGUCGAAUCAAGGUCCAAUUCUCUAGUUUUUGUAGGUAGUAAUUUGGUGCGAACGCUUGCUAUUUUAGUUGCUGACUAUAUGGGUGGACCAGUUGGGGAUCCUGACAACAUGUCGAGAGAAUGGAAAAGUCUCAGUUACAGGUUGAAAGCAACACUUGGUAGCAUGGUUUUGCCGCUUGGUUCUCUGACAAUUGGAUUGGCUCGUCACCGUGCAUUACUGUUCAAGGUUUUGGCUGAUAGUGUGGGUUUCCCAUGCCGAUUGGUUAAAGGACAGCAGUACACGGGGUCUGAUGCUGCGGCAAUGAACUUUGUAAAGAUUGAUGAUGGAAGGGAGUAUAUCGUUGACCUAAUGGCAGAUCCCGGUACACUUAUUCCAUCUGAUGCAGCUGGGUCACAUAUAGAAUAUGAUGAGUCGUUCAUUUCUGCAAGCCCUUUGUCUAGAGAUAUCGACUCCUCUCAUAUGGCCUCUUCAAGCAGUGGGGUUGGAAGUUCAUUUGAAGAACAUUCAGACUUUGGGACAUUGGACAAGAGGCCUCGGUUCAGCAAUUUAGCUGCUUUAGGAAAAGAAUGUGAUGACAGAAGUGAUUUCACUUCUGCAAAUAUAACCAGGCCAACUUCAAGUGAUGAAGAGCACAAGUCAUGCUUAGACGAUUUUAGAACUCCCUCCCAUGUAGAGAAGGUGCCUGUGCGGGAGCCUCCUGGCAGGCCUAAUUAUCCUUACAUGCAUACAAGAUCUCCUUCUUGGACUGAAGGUAUUACCUCACCUGCUGUACGUAGAAUGAAAGUGAAAGAUGUUUCACAAUACAUGAUUGAUGCUGCCAAGGAGAAUCCACAAUUAGCUCAAAAACUUCAUGAUGUGCUACUCGAGAGUGGUGUUGUCGCUCCACCAAACUUGUUUAGUGAAAUUUAUCCUGAUCAGUUAGAUGUGUCAGCAGUUGAGGCCAGGUCCCCAACUGAAGAUAAAGAUGAAGGUAAGCAUGGGAUUGGAACCCAAGAAAUGAAAGGUCAAGAUGAUGCUGAUCCUCGAAUUUUGCCUCCUUUGCCUCCCCACAGAGUGCACUCUAAAGCAAGAAUUUCUUCUGGUCAACUGGAGCAUCUUAAAUCUGUGGAAGGCUUAGGGAUUAACCUUCCGCUUGAUACAGUGGAAGUAACUAGACAGCCUAUCUCAUCACAGCUUGAAGUAACUCCUGUAAAAUAUACAAAAAACGUACCUGUUGCUGCUGCUGCGGCAGCUGCAGCAGCUGUUGUUGCAUCUUCAAUGGUAGUUGCUGUAGCAAAGUCAAGUAGCGACUCCAAUUUUGAACUUCCAGUAGCAGCUGCUGCCACUGCUACUGCUGCAGCUGUGGUUGCAACAACUGCAGCCGUCAGUAAGCAGUAUGAGCAGGGCGCAAAAAGUGAUGGAGAUGCAGAUGGUGCUGGUUAUGAGCCACGGGGUAGUGGUGACCGACAGCACGAUGCUUCUGGAGCCAUUUCAGAAGGAGAGAGAAUAUCAGAUAGCUCGGCAGGUAAUGAUAGCACAAAAUCUGAUGUCACACUUGAUGAAGUUGGAGAACUCGAGAUUCAAUGGGAGGAGAUCACCUUGGGUGAGCGUAUCGGACUUGGAUCAUAUGGGGAGGUAUAUCGUGGAGACUGGCAUGGAACUGAAGUGGCUGUGAAGAAGUUUCUAAACCAAGAUAUUUCUGGUGAAUCACUUGAGGAAUUCAAAAGUGAGGUUCGGAUAAUGAAAAGACUCAGGCAUCCAAAUGUUGUUCUCUUCAUGGGAGCUGUAACACGUGCCCCAAAUCUUUCAAUUGUCACUGAAUUUCUUCCCAGAGGUAGUUUGUAUAGGCUGAUUCACCGGCCUAACAAUCAAUUAGAUGAAAGAAGGCGGUUGAGGAUGGCCCUUGAUGCUGCUCGGGGAAUGAAUUAUUUGCACAACUGCUCUCCCGUAAUAGUACACCGUGAUUUGAAGUCCCCAAAUCUUCUUGUUGAUAAAAAUUGGGUUGUGAAGGUGUGCGAUUUUGGGUUGUCACGGAUGAAAAAUAGCACAUUUCUCUCUUCAAGGUCAACUGCAGGGACGGCUGAGUGGAUGGCCCCAGAAGUGCUAAGAAACGAACCUGCAGAUGAAAAGUGCGAUGUAUAUAGCUUUGGAGUCAUACUAUGGGAGCUCUCUACAUUGCAACAACCAUGGGGGGGAAUGAACCCAAUGCAAGUUGUUGGUGCAGUUGGAUUUCAACAUCGGCGUCUUGAUAUUCCAGACGAUAUGGAUCCUGGCAUUGCAGAUAUUAUUCAGAAAUGCUGGGAGACAGACCCAAAAUUGAGACCUACAUUUGCUGAGAUCAUGGCUGCUCUGAAGCCGUUGCAGAAGCCUGUAACCAGUUCUCAAGUUCCCAGACCAAGUACAUCCGUUGGCGGUGGACGUGAGAAGGCUCAGCCAUCACGAGUUGCAGAGGAAUGAGCAGGCUAGAGGAGGAAGUCAACAACCUGACUCACUGCUCAUUGGACUGCAAAAAUAUUGCUGAGAAGUUCUAGAUUGCUGGGACAAGUAUGAGAAAGUGCUCUCGGUUGAGAUGAUGACCCAACAUACACUCUGAUUUGAAUUGUGAUUCUUUUUCCUCAAUCACUUUUUUUUCUUCUUUUUUUUUUUUGGUAUUCUUCACGGUACAGCUAUUCGCAAAAGUCGUGUAUUUGUUUGUAAAAAUCCAUUGAAAUCUUGUAGUCAAUGUUUGAAAUUGUCAUUGUCCAUAGAGUAGUAUCAAGUAGUUUCAGAAGCACUAUGCUGCCUUGAAUUAGAGAGUGGGGUAGGAAAGCUGAAGCUGUAGAUAAAUGCGGGAAGAAUUGUGCCAACUGCCAGAAAUUGGGAGUUGCAGAAUCUGAUACACUGAUGGCAUGCGGCUCAUAUGAGCCAAAAAAAAUUUCUGUUUACAUUUUUUGGCA